CCAACCCCAAGACAUUAACUGAUAUUGCAAAAGGGGACCCUGCACUUGGAAAUGGGGUACUGUUUAAUACUGUAAGAAAGCCACAAAUGUAUUUUAACUUACAGGGGUGGAGGAAGCCCUAUUGUGUAUAUAGCAUGGUUCCCACAACAGAGAUACAAAAGGGUGUUCUGCAGAAUCUAUUAUUUGAGAGCUGUGGUGAUUAAAUUAACCUGUUAGCAACUAUGUUGAAACAAUGGGGCUAAGAGGGUAUAAAAACCUUAGGUAUGCUGCAGUCUGUCCUUUUAACAGAAAAUCUUUUUACAUAACUGCUGGACUGCAAAAAGAGGUAAGCUUGCUGUCUCUAACUCUGAAACUACUGCCACUUUUUGCCCAUGCUGUCUUUAGUAAAUAAUGGUGCCUAUGCUUAUUGCAGUGUGAUCUGUUUUAGCAUGGAACCAGUAACUUCAAACUGCAUUUUACCACCAGGCCAAGGCCCACACACACAUGGGGGGGAACAGAACAAUCAUGUUCCAGCAACACUUUAUCCCAUAGUGAAAGUACUGUCAAAACAUGACCAGAGGGAAAACAAACUCAAAAGAAAAAGAGAGGAGAAAGCUGAAAAGGAAAAUUUACCAGCAUCAGUGACUGAUGGACAGAUGAAGCCCAGCAUGGGCAACCUUUCUGAAAAUACUGUAGUCAGCGCUACAAGGACACCUCCUCCAGAACCACCAAAGAAACUCAAAAGAAAAAGAGAGGAGACAACUGAAAAGGAAAAUUUACCAGCAUCAGUGACUGAUGGACAGAUGAAGCCCAGCAUGGGCAACCUUUCUGAAAAUGCUGUAGUCAGCGCUACAAGCACACCUCCUCCAGAAGAACUACCAAAGAACCAAAAAUCUGCUUUGAGACCUUUAACAACGCAAAACAGCACUGAAGUGCAGAUGAAGCAUCCGGGCAGCCCAGACCUCAUAUACGUGAAACCCAAGGACAAAACAAAAGACUCUGGUAAAAAGCAACCACACAAACACAACUCCUGUUGCUCAGCGGCUACAGCCACACCAAGCCCUGAGAAAACUGUGAGUGAAAAUGCCCACGUUCACAAACCCAGAGCACGCACUCUAGGGGUUCUGAAGGUGCGCAAACCUGGAGCAUGUGGUGUAUGGGCUCCAUAUAAAAAACCACGGUCUAGAAGCUUCUGCGAUGCCAAGGUGUUGCAACCACACACACACAAUUCCAGUUCCUCAGCGGCCACCGCCACAGCAAGCCCUGAGAAAACUGUGAAAGAAAAUGCCCACGUUCACAAACCCGGAGCAUGCGCUCCAGGGGUUGUGAAUAAAACACCGAGCACUGACAAAACAUUCUCCCAAAACCAUAAGCUCGCCACAGCUCCCCCAAGUUCUAGUGUUUGGGAAGAGUUUGAUGCUUCCAUCAGAAAAGUGAUGGAUGCUGUAUCCUCGGGGAGUCUAAAAGAACGGCCUUCUAGAAAGACUUGGGAAAAAUAUGAUGCUUUGUUCAGAGCAAUGUUAAAAGACAAGAGGGCUGAAAAGGGUGUCUCUGAGCAGGCAUGACUAGUCGUGGAAAGGGGCCUGGGUAAAAGGGGCACCCUCCAGAGUACACAUCAGCUUAUGUGUAAACAAAAGGGGGGACAGCGCUUGAGGGAUAAACGAAUGGCUGCCAAAAAGUUUCAGGCCAGGGUGGCUGUAAAAAUCUUAAAAAGGGCUAAAGAGGUAAUGAGGAAAAAAAAACAAAGAGAGAUGCCUCCUACUGGAGGCUCUCAGACUGGCUUCUCUGAAAAUGGGGAGAUGGAAUCAGACUCUGGUUUAGCAAAUUCCCCAGAGGGCUCUCUAGACAGGCCCCAUUCUACUUCCAAUGACCCUCAUGGAGGCUUCUCAGAGUUUGACUCCCAAAUAGCAUCUGAUGUAGAAGAUCCCGCUAAUGAUCCCAUAGAGGAACCCCCAAGUAACCCCGAAAAUGCAGAGGUGUAUAUGGAAAGAGUGAGAAGUUGGCAACAUGAAUUACCUAGAUUUGGGGGGUCGGUAUAUUGUGAGGAAUUUCGUUUUGUCAAUCUUGAGCAAGUAAAUUCAGCUCAGCGGGUUGUUGAAGCCAUACACCAGGGAAUACAGUUGGUACUCGAUGAUGUUAAUGGUAGGGUAGGCCCUGAUGAUUACGUUCAGUUACGUUUAGAGAGCCGUAAUUUAGCUAACCCUUUGUUUUCAGUCAGAAGAACUAGGGAUGAGCUAUCUGCUGAGGAUUUCUUAAAUCAGACCUCAAAGCUGCUACAGAGCAAUAGAGAGUUGCAUCUCGAUGGGACAUUGCGCCUUGUUGUGACAGUUGUAAAAAACAGGGGUGGGGGUGCUCGUAGAGUUUUAAAUUCUAUCCUUAGUAGUCAAAUUAUUCAUAAAAAAAGACAGUGUUUGGUAGACCUGACUUACACCGGUACCAAUCUGUGUUUUGCGGGUGGCCUUUUGGCCGUCAUGUCCGAUCGUAAACCUACGGACACGGAAUUGUUAGCGGAGGCGAGAAAGUUGCAUGAGAAACUGGGGUGGUCAGAUCAAAAAAAGAUUCUGGUCAGUGACGUAGCAAAGUUUGAACAGCAUUUAGGAGUGAACAUACACGUGGUGCUGUAUACGGAAAAAGGUGGCUGGGGCUUUUUUAAAACAGGAGGCCUCACGUACCCCAAGACUUAUUUCAUCCUGUUGCACGAUGAGCAUUACUAUGGAGUUCUGGAUGUGAAAAAGUUGUUUGGAGCGAAAAAUUAUUGUGAGUUUUGCCACACGGUGUACAGCCACGACCACUCUUGUAGGUAUCGUUGCCGCCUCUGCUUGAGUGUAACGUGCUCAGACAGCGUGGGCGUGCAGCUGCGGUGUCCUAGCUGUAGACUGUAUUGUCGAUCCAAAGAAUGUUUAGACAGACAUGUCGACUGUGCAUCAAAAAACCAAGUUGAAUGCCUGUCUAAAACUUUGUGUGAUAAGUGUCAGUCUUACGUGAACAAGCGGCAUAAGUGUAAAGGGAGGCGAUGUAAGCAGUGUCAGGGUUUGAUUGUUGGUGAUGUAGACAGUCACUUUUGUUUUAUGGAUAGCCUUAGAAAGCCUGAAUCCUCAGAAAAGUAUAUUUUUUAUGAUUUUGAAUGCAUGCAGGAGACUGGGUUGCACACUCCCAAUUACAUUUUUGCUAUGUCCUUAAAUCCAGAAAAAUCCUGGGAAUUUAAGGGCGAUGAGUGUCUGUCUGUCUUUGUUAAGACCUUUAUCGGCAAAGAGUUUCGCGACUAUACGUUCCUAGCGCACAAUUCCAAAGGUUAUGAUGCGUACUUCAUCGUUAGGCAGUUACUGAAGGAAAAGAUGUGCAUAGAACUGAUCACUCAGGGUAGUAAACUAAUGUGUGUGGAAGUGAAGGCCCUGGGGAUUCGUUUUAUAGACUCUUUAAACUUCUUGCCCAUGAAGCUUAGCAAGCUACCGCAGGCAUUGGGAUUUGAAGGGUGCAAAGGUUAUUUUCCACAUUUUUUUAACACUGUAAAAAAUCAAAAUUAUGUGGGACCUAUGCCCAGUGUGGCACACUAUGGUGUAGAAAGCAUGAUGCCCAGGGAGAAAACAGAGUUU